GUCACAUCCUGUCUGUGAGGUCAAACGCGCUCUCAACGUCCGCCAUUUCAGUUUGAGAGUUGGAUGUGUUGAGCGAAAGAGGUUAUAUUUUAACAAAGAAAGUUGUUUACAGAAGAAGAAGGAGUUUGCAAAUUAGUUGUUGUUACUUUCUGAGCAAAACUAAUUUUUUUUUAUUUAAGAAAGUGUGUGUAAAGUGGCAGAGUGAAGCGGCCCGAUGCUGUUUUGUGUUUUCCGAGCAGGAGCUUUCUGUGGGAGCCAAAGUUUUUGUAUGAGUUGAGUCCGGGUCACGGACUGGAGUGGAGACAAGCGAGGCCUGGAAGAAACCCUUAGGUAGGACUGAAUUCAGCCAUGGCUGGUCAUUUUGACGCCGAGGACCGUGAUAGCUGGUACUGGGGACCUUUGAACCGUAAAGACGCUGUGUCGCUGCUGCAGGGCCAGAGGCACGGAAUGUUCUUGGUCAGAGACUCGACUACUAGUAAGGGGGACUAUGUGCUCUCCGUGUCGGAAAACUCCAAAGUCUCGCAUUAUAUCAUUAACAGCGCUAGCAACAACCGACAGUCUGGAACAGGUUUGGCUCCAUCUCGAUUCAGAAUCGGUGACCAGGAAUUCGACACACUCCCAGGCCUGCUGGAGUUCUACAAGAUCCACUAUCUGGACACCACAACGCUCAUUGAACCCAUUUCGGCACGUUCCAAGCACGCCAGCCUGAUCGGACCGGCGCCCGCCGGUGUCCCAGCGAGGCAAGAAGAGGCCGAGUUCGUGCGCGCGCUCUUUGACUUCCCAGGCAACGACGACGAGGACCUUCCCUUCCGCAAAGGUGACGUGCUGCGUGUGCUCGAGAAGACCGAGGAGCAAUGGUGGAGCGCUCAGAACGCCGAUGGACGCAAAGGCUUGAUCCCUGUGCCCUACGUAGAGAAAUACAGACCUGCCUCGCCGACCUCUGUAGGUGGGAGUCCUGUAGGGCAGGUGGUGUCCGCCGUCGUGGAUGACAAUGGAGCUCUGGUUCCUAGCAAGCUGGACUACGCCCAUCCUGUGGUCAACACGCCACUGCCCAACCUCCAGAACGGGCCUGUGUAUGCCAGGGCAAUCCAGAAGAGGGUACCCAAUGCAUAUGACAAGACUGCCCUCGCACUCGAGGUGGGCGACUUGGUGAUGGUAACGAAGAUCAACGUGAAUGGCCAGUGGGAAGGCGAGUGCAAGGGCAAGAAAGGUCACUUUCCCUUCACACAUGUCCGCCUGCUCGACCAGCAACAGCCUGAGGAAGAGAGCUGAGACACACACACACACAAGCACACACUUACACACUCACAUACUGCUGCAGUUCUCUAUAUUCAACCUGUUUUUUGUGUCCACUCAAAUUGCUACAUCUAAAUCUACGUCUAGUAUUGGACGAUCGUCAUACUGCAAACACACACCGAUAUCAAGCUUCACUUAACACACAUCAUUAAACAAUAGUGUAGAGUAUGUAUACACAUCUGCGGUACAGAGCACCGUGUAAUGAAACUCGCAGGUAGGCACAGAUUAGUCAUAGCAGUGCCUGGUGAAUGAAUUCAUAUGCAAAAGGAAUCCUUUGGAUGAAGAGCUCGACUGCUACAAGCCUGCUUUGUGAGGGAGAAAGUCUUCCUCAUAUUAAACACGAAGGCUAGUUUUGCACAGCUCUCACCUAGAGCAAAGUUCUCAUGUGGUACCAACACUAUCGGUCACACUCUGAACUGAGAUAUGGAAGCUAUGAUGAAGUGGAAAAAAUGUGUGUGUGCCAUUACAUGAUAAAUUGAUUCCUAUUUUAAUGCCCUACUUUUGAUUUCUUUCAACACUUUUUGUUAUGUUAGUAUUUGACCCUUUGUAUCAUUCCUGACUCGAUGCAUUUCCAUAGGAUUCUUUC